CCUUUCUUCAGAACAUUCUUGACCUCGGCGGCAUUGAAUCCCCGAACUGGCACAUGCUGGUCCUGUGCUGGGCUAGAAGAGCCCCAGGAUGAGUUACCACCACGAGGACCACCUUGUCCUCCUGUUUUAUCGCGGUUUCCGUUGCCUGACUGGCGUUGUGAUGACUGGCGAGCUGGCCCGCGCCAUCUGGAACGAACGGACAUGAUUAGUGAGAUCUGGGAGGUGUAGGAAUCGAUGAAUUCGUAUGUAGAAAGACAUACCUGUCUUCACCGGCACCACUCAUCGUAUUUGUAGUUAGCUGUAAGGGUUGAAAGGGAACGUGAUCAAAGGGGAUCCAAAGCUAAGGAGCAUGCGGGGAAGCUGUGGCCAAGUCCGCGCAGCGGGAAGAAUUUCGGCGCCUGAGGCGUGCAACGUCUCCGCCUUGAACCAGAUAACAAAACACUUGGAUCAACUCCGAUCACCAGAGAGAGCUUCACUGGAUCGGGCAGCCCUUCGUUUCUAGUCCCUCGACUUUCUUAAUACCCGGUCGCCUGGGGCUUCCAUCCUUCUACUUCUUUCGAGUGUUCCCCGUCCGGGCGCCUCGCCACCCCUGAACCUCGCGAUCUGCGACCUGACGUGUCGACUGCCAUCCACCCGACAUCGAUCAGCAUCCAGAGAGCUUCCCAUGCUAAAUGGGAACGAUGGCGCCUAUGUCUAGACAUUCUCUUCCCGGGCGUCCGUCAAGAUCAUCUCAGCCAAAGUCAUCCUUGAAAUCCUCGCGCAGCGCCGUAGAUUCCCCAGAAGGCCCUCCUUUGAAGAAGCGCAAGUACGUGCCUGGAGGACCUGGAGGUGGUGGAAGAUUUGUCGAUCUCGAAGCUGCGCAGCAGCAGCAGCAACAACAACAACAACAACAACAGCAAGAGACGACACCAAAGAAAAUAUCCUCUGGUUCUCACCGACGUCAUUCCGCCAGUUCACGAAGCCGUCCCGCCGCGCGCGACAUCGAACAGUCAACCCUCGCUCCGCCACCACCACCCCCUGUGCCCAUCACACCACCCUCCGUGACGCGUCCAAGAAGAGAUAAGAGAGAGAACCGAGGUCGUUUCACCUCGUCAACAGCCGCAGCCCUGGCUCUGCAACAAGGCGAUGGAUACAAACCGCGUGAGGAGCGGGGUUGGGAAGAGUUCCACCCCGAUCUAGACAUCGAUGGCAGGCUUGCUGUUUUCACCUCAGCGGAGGUAGACACAGUCGAUCCUGCUGUCAAUUCCCUGACACUGGAAUCUAUUGCAGCUGCCAGUGUCCAGGAUAACUCGGGCACUCCCAUGAUUCAUUCCGCCGACUUGGCCUCGCCAAUUCCCUUCAAGCGUAGACCUGGACGUCCACCGCGCCGUCCCGAGGCUAUUCUCAAUGCGCUACUUGCGCAACAACAAGGGCCAAAGGUGAUUCCGCCGCCGGGUCCGAAUCCUCGGGAGAAGUUGACUCUGCCGAAGCCGACAUUCCGCCUGAAGGAUCCUUUCACCUUUUAUGAGAAGAAAGGCGUUGGUCAGCAGAACUAUGUCGAUCGCACAAUGGCCAGUGUUGGAUAUCAGGAGAGUGAUUUGUUCAUUCGCCAUGAUAGACGCUUCAUCCGUAUGGCCGAGGGUGCGCAAGAAGACGACAUGGAUAUCAUUCAGCCUGCCGUUACCGAGGGUGACGUUAAUGCGUCAAUCGGGCGGGUCGAGUAUGAUAUGGAUGAGCAGGACGAGAAAUGGCUGGACGAAUUUAACGCCAAGCGUCGAGAAGAUCAGCUGGAGCCCAUCAAGCCUGCUAUCUUUGAGAUCACUAUGACCAAAAUUGAAAAGGAGUGGCAUGCGCUCGAAAAGCGAAUCCCGAAGCCAAAUCCCAAGCCGCCGCAGACGCAGCGGCCGCGCUCCAGCUCUGCGGCUGCAGUGAAUGGCGAAACUGCUGGACCGGGCGAGGAACAGGAUAGCAAAUGUGCCAUCUGCGAUGACGGCGAUUGUGAAAACUCGAACGCGAUUGUUUUCUGCGAUGGCUGUGACUUGGCCGUUCAUCAGGAGUGUUAUGGCGUUCCUUUCAUUCCAGAGGGUCAAUGGCUGUGCCGCAAAUGUCAGCUUCUGGGCCGCGGGACCACCAACUGUAUCUUCUGCCCAAACAUCGAGGGCGCAUUCAAACAGACCACUUCAUCGAAAUGGGCUCACCUGCUUUGUUCCAUUUGGAUCCCAGAGGUCUCCAUUGGGAACCCAUCUCUGAUGGAACCAGUCACCGAUGUUGAGAAAGUGCCACGCAGCCGCUGGAAGUUACUUUGCUACAUCUGCAAGCAAAAGAUGGGAGCUUCAAUCCAAUGCAGCAACAAAAACUGCUUCGUUGCGUUCCACGUGUCAUGCGCGCGACGAGCUCAGCUGUAUCUCAAGAUGAAGAUAGGGCACGGGCUCAUGGACUCACAUCUUCUCAAAGCCUUUUGUGACAAGCAUGUACCGCCAGAGUGGCGUUUGGAGCAUGGCACUGAUGCUGCGACUGCCGAUGCGAUAGAAUUCUACCGCAACACUAUGCAGGGUAGACGGUGGGGUGAUAGCCAGGCGGCGGCGUUGUCGUUGGGACCUUCACACGCAGAAGAUGGGGAAGAAGAUCGGACCCUUACCCCUCGUAUCACUUUGACUGUUGGUGGCAACAAACGCAAACGGGUUCCCAAAACAAUCUGGAAGUUGCCCUCGGGUGCCCCCGUCAUCCCCCAAGUAGUUCUCGACUCUGUCGUUGCCGCUCUUGGAAGAUUCACCGUCCGCGGCCGCAAGCACUACGCCGAGGAGGCAUGCAAGUACUGGACCCUCAAGCGGGAGGCAAGACGAGGUGCCGCCCUUCUGAAGCGGCUCCAACUUCAGCUUGAAACCUUUUCAUCAAUGGAGAUGACACGCAGAGAUUACGUGGCGAUGGGCGUCACUGGCCACAAGCGCCUACAGCGUCGCAUUGAAUUUGGCGAGUUGCUCUACAAGGACCUUGACCGACUUCGUUCGCUAUGUGCUAUGGUGAAGGAGCGAGAGAAAGAGAAGCUCAAGGAUGCGGAGAUGCUCCGCACCAUCGUUGACACUGUCUAUUUCCCCAUUUUCCCACUUCUCUGGCCCAUCUUUGAAAAGGCACAAGUUUUGGAUGGCAAAGGCACCUUUGCAGCGGGCAUGUAUUCAAUCCGCAAGCGGCUUGAAGAACGAUUUUAUCCCUCCGUUGCCUCUUUCUCUGGGGACUUGGCUAGCCUGUUCACAUCGGAGAUCGGUGUCGCACCCGCUGGUGAUACUGCCGCACUGCAGGAACAGAUCAGUGGACGGGCACCGGAGCUUAGUCUGGAGCAGCGCGAGAAGCGCAAGUUGGCCAAGCGAAUCAUCAAGUCUAUUCAGCCGGCCCUGGAGGAUGCGAUUCGAAAGGAGAGUGAGUUAAACCGCAAACCUUUCGAAAAGGAGCUCAAGGAGCUCGACGUGAUCCUCGACCACAGCGUGAUGUCCCGACGGGAUUCCAUCGAAUUCGAGGGAGAGACCGAGAUGGAGGCUGGUGAGCUUGAUACCAAAACCGAACCCAUGGAGGGCGUUGAACAUGCCUUACCCACGACGGAAACCGCAGCAUCGGUGGAGUCUCGGCCAGCCGAGGACGACACCGCGACUGCUCAGGAACCCACCCCCGAGGACGCUGCCGCCGAGGAAGUUGUCCCUCCUAAUGAGAUCAAACCCAACAUCAACGCAACCCAUCGUCGCCACCCAACUCCCCUCUUGACCGAAGAAGACCAGCAGCUGCCCUUAGCACAGGGCGGCAUCCAAUGGUACAUGCAGCCAUUUGAUCCCAUUGGCACGACCAUUCACGAGGAGCGCUGGACCGGACGGGACGUUAUGCGUGGCAUGAGCGAGGAGCUCAGUGAACUGGACGAGGACGAGCUCAAGGAUCUGGUAGACGACGAACUUGAGCCGGGUUCAAACAAUGCGCCCGCCAAUGCAGGGCAGUUACAGAAGGAUGUCCGUCGGACACGCCGCGGACGCUUCAAGUGAUCCAGGUCAAUAGGAUACAUCAGUUUUACGAGCGAGCAUGAGGCGCAGGCAGGAGUUUUCGGAGAUCUGGUUCUCUUUUUUUGGGUUUCUAUGCAGUAUGCAGACUAGUCUAAUAUGCGACAAUGGAAAUCCAUUCAUACGCUUCUAUGUAAUUGUUUCUUUCUAGUAAUUUAGGACAAAAGA